UCAGUGAUAAAUCGGUGAAUUUGUAGGUUUUCAGGGCCCAAAAUGUCCCGCUACGUUGGUUUGGACAAGUUGGGUAAACUAUUCAGCUAUGUCCGCGACAACGGAGGUAUUCGAGCCAGUUUGUACAAGCUGUACAGAAUGGAUGAAAUGAAAUCUGGCCGGCUGGUUGGUGAAGACAAGUACGGUAACAAAUACUACGAGGACCCUUCGCAGUUUUACGGCCGAAAUCGUUGGGUAGAAUAUGCACCACAUUUCAACAUGGAGUACGACGGAUCGCAAAUCCCGUCCGAUUGGUUUGGUUGGAUGCAUUACAAGACUGAUCUGCCGCCAAAUCGUGAUGGAAAUCGUCCUCACUACGCGUGGAUGUGUGAUCACAGUGAAAACACUUCAGGAACUAAGGACGCUUAUAUGCCGUACUCAACAACUCGCCCUAAAAUUGAAGCGUGGGAUCCAAAAAAAUCCCAGACUAAGUAAGAUGUUGGGUUUGUUUCGGAUGUCAAUAUAAAUGCCUGUAGAAGAAUGUAUAUAAGUUCUUUUGGAAUCGAUACGAUCGUGAAUACAUU